AUGGUUUUGUGGAACACUGGGUAUAAAACCCUCAAAGUGGCUAUGCCACCCUGUAAAACUGUUUGCUCCCAGGGUGGUUCGGGCCAAGCAGUGAUCAGUGUCUUUAUUUACUGUCUUAGAAUUCUACAUAUUUAUGCAGCUAAAGGUAUGAGGGCGUAUACAUUGGCAGCUGCAGAGCGCAUGAAAUUGCUGCGACGACUUGAUGCCAAGGAACACAGAGGAAAGACUCCUCUGCUGGUGGCUGUCACUGCCAGGCAGCCAGCUAUUGUCCAUGAUUUGAUCCAGACAGGAGCAGAUGUCAAUGCUGUAGACAACAAAGGGCAGUCAGCUUUGCAUCUUGCCGCAACAUAUGGGUAUGCCCAAGUACUUCAGGUUAUACUGUCACUAGGUUUUCCUCUUGAUUUAGAAAUGAAGGAUUUUGAAGGCCAUACCCCACUGCACUGUGCUGUUCUGGCCCACAACACCCUGCUCCGGGAGGGUUGCCAGACAUUGACAGAGGAGCAGCAGAAAGAUCUUCAGCACCAGAGUGAAGAGCUGGAGUCCUGUAUCCACCUCCUGGUGCAGACAGGAGCCUCCAUCUACAGCCGGGAUGUGAAAAGCAACAAGACAGUUCUUCAUUAUACAGUCCAGGAUGGGAACAUCUCCCUGCUCAGAUACUUCUUGGAGCUGAAUGCUUUCAAGUCCAAGGACUUUGUCAACAACAAGGCACAUGGCAACACAGCUUUGCAUAUGGCAGCUGCGUUGCCUUGUGACAAGAACCAGAAAGAAAUCAUCCAGUUGCUCCUUGACCAUGGGGCAGACCCAAGCAUCCGAAACUUAGACAACGAUCAGCCAAUCCACAUGGCUCCUUCUGGAAAAGCUGGGGAUCAGGUUAGGCAUUUGCUGAAGAAAGGGAAAGUUGCAUCUGCAUUCAUUUCCUGUCACCGAAAUGCCAGAUCCUAG